AUUUCGCGACGCUGUCGCGCGGCCCCGGCUCUGCUUUACGGCAGGCGGCGCGCUCGGCGGCCCGCCCUGGCAACGCCUCACAGCGCCCGCGUGGGGCUGCCGUUAGGGCCGGUAAAGCCGUUAGGGCCGGUGGGGACCGGCAAAACCGCCCUUGAGGUGGUGCCCUGCCGUCGCCGUUCAGGAGGAGGUAGAGGAUGGCUUUCCGCGGGAGAGGAGGAAGAGGUGGCGGAGGAGGAGGAGGAGGAAGAGGAGGCGGCUUUAAUCGCGGAGGAGGCGGCGGCGACAGAGGGGGCUUUAACCGCGGUGGGCGAGGGGGCUUCGGACGGGGAGGCGGCCGAGGAGGCUUCAACAGAGGUGGAUACGACCAGGGGCCUCCAGAAACGGUAGUUUUAUUGGGAGAGUUCAUGCAUCCGUGUGAAGAUGACCUCGUUUGUAAGUGUAAAACAGAAGAGAACAGGGUGCCUUACUUCAACGCGCCCGUGUACCUGGAUAAUAAGGAGCAGAUUGGCAAAGUGGAUGAAAUCUUUGGGCAGCUAACAGAUUUUUAUUUUUCAGUGAAAUUGUCUGAGAACAUGAAAGCUUCUUCUUUUAAAAAAAUGCAAAAGUUUUACAUUGAUCCAGCAAAGCUGCUCCCCCUUCAGAGGUUUUUGCCAAGGCCUCCUGGAGAAAAAGGUGCUCCCCGUGGAGGUGGUAGAGGAGGACGUGGUGGUGGACGUGGAGGAGGAAGAGGCGGAGGCAGAGGAGGAAGAGGUGGAGGAAGAGGAGGAGGAUUCAGAGGAGGUGGAGGAAGAGGAGGAGGAGGAUUCAGAGGAGGAAGAGGUGGUGGAGGAGGCUUUCGGGGGAGAGGAUAUUAAGAACAGAACAACGAUUAUCUUCCUGCUGUCUUACCGUAUCAUCUACAGAGGUGAAAAGCAAGAAAAAAAAUCCUAAAGGAUCCUGAAAAUUUCUUUUUAUAAAGAACUUGAAACUAUGAAAUGACCAUUAUUGUUAAUGACUAUUUUUCAACAUGGGAAGAACUGAAGCUUGCUUCGAAUAUCCCUCAACGUUCUAAACUAAGCCAAGAUUCAAUGUUAUUCUUAAACUGCUUCUGACAAAUGACUUAGCCAAUGCUUGACUUCGUGUUGGAGUCUGGAUUAAACAAUCAUUUGAAAUCUUUUUUAGAAAAAGAAACACCCAGCAGGUUCACCACAUGCACCUUUGUCAGUAUGAACCUGUUACCAUGUGUGAUUGAUCCCUUGUUCUUAUCCCCUUUUUACAUGGAGUCUUCUGGCUUGCUCUAAAAUGGACGUGCCUUUCAAAUAACCAUAGUGAAUUAUUUUUUACCAACUUAAAAAUGUUAUGUUUACAGAUUUUUUUAUGCGUAAUAACAUACAUGAGAAAAGGAAUAUGGCAAAGAGUAUUUUAUGGGUUUUUAUGUAUGAAUCUCAAUGAAAGCCAAAGGCAUUAAACCUGUUCUUCUCAGAAGAUACUGUCUAAUGAACAAAACAAGGUUAAUUCUA